AGCUGGGUUCGAUAAAUCCAUUGAACGCCGUGCGUUUCGGUUGGUUGCCAGGCGCUCAGUUCGUCGUGGACAUUGUGAACGCGCUUGCGAGUGACCCUUUUUUGCACGCAGCUCACUCCCACACUCCCGACCGCAAACUCCACAGCUGAGGGAGUGCGUCAGAUAUAUCACACCUUUAUACAGGGACCACCCUCAAAGAAUCCUCUUGCCUUCCAUCUCUCGUGUCCGUCCCUCCACCGAUCAGCACCAUCCCGCCUGUCCUUCCAGAGAGAGAGCCAGGCUUCGGAUUCUACCUCACCCUUGGUGGCAUUGGGCAAAGGACGCACGCAUAGACCAAUACCGCGUCCAGGAGCGACCCGCUCACCCUCCUAGAAACGAGGCCGCCAUGCCUGGCAGCAACAACUCGUCCAACAACCGCACCGAGUCAGAGGACAGCUUCGUGCAAGUCUCGACUCCCACUACACACACCAUGUCCGCUUCGGCAAGUUCCUCCGCCGCAUCCUUCCGCUCGCUCACCUUGCAUGCCGGGAAGCGCACCUACGUCCGCAUUCCCGUCCCCGCGUCGCCAUACGAAGCGUGGAUCGCAGCCGAUGCCCUGCGCGACGACUUCCUGCGCCAGCUCUCCAGCUCUACCCCUGCUGGCGAGGGCGAAGCCGCCGCCGUCGAUGAUGCCGGCGAGGGCACAGAUGACCAAGUCGGCAACGACGACGGCUCGAACGGUCAAGACGCAAUCACCAUCAAGGAGCAGCGCCGCAUUAAGGAUCGCGAGGCGCAGAUUCUACUCACCGCCCAGUUCAUGCAGUACGUAUGCGACAAGGCACGCACCGGGAGCGCCAGGAGCAGCGCCCACUCGAUCGCCGUCAGCAAGCACGACCUCGGCGUGCUCCAGAGCACCUGGGCCUUUUUCAAUGCCCAGUUUCUCCACUGCAUCGUCCCCGGCUCUGCAGCGGUCAACGAUCGCUCUUCGCAGAGCCUGAUCGGCUCACUCGCGAGCAGCGUCAGCAACAGCUCUGAGUCGACGCCAACAAGCGAGUCGGACGACCCGCUCGCCGCGCAGCUCAAGCGCAACGCACAGGUCCAAGAGAUCCACACUCUCGCCAGCAAGUUCGACGCCGAAUCGCGCGACACGGUCGUCCGUGCCUACUUUGAGGCGUUUGCGCUGCUCGAGAAAGUCGCAGUCUCCGGUGACAAGGACGUCCCCACGCCCGUUUUGCCGACUCCCAAGCUUUUCACCCUCGCCGAACAGGGCCAGGCUACCGUUUUUGGCAUCUUUGGAGGCCAAGGCAGCAACGAGGUGUACUUUGACGAGUUGCAAGCCCUUUUCAAUGUGUACAGGCCGCUGCUCAGCGCGACGGUCCGCGCGGCAACCAAGGUGCUGCAAGCGCUCGCUGAUGAAGCGACCGCCCAGGGCUUCGCCCCCUUCUACACGCACGGCCUCGACGUGCACGGCUGGCUGACGGGCAGCGUCCCACGCCCGCCUGUCGCGUACCUCGCCAGCAGCCCGUUGAGUCUGCCGCUGAUCGGCCUGACGCAGCUCCUACAAUACCUCGUCGUUUGCCGCGCCGCCGGCCUCACUCCGGGCCAGUUCCGCGAGCGCAUCCGUGGCGCCACCGGGCACAGCCAGGGCGUCAUCUCCGCCGUCGUGCUCAGCGCGUCUGGCUCGCACGACCAGUUCGCCACCAACGUCGUCAAGGCUGUCGGCCUCCUCUUCCACAUCGGUAAGCGCGGCCAAGAGGCGUUCCCAUCUGUCACGCUCGAGCCGGCGCUCAUCGCCGACGCCGUCGACGGUGGCGAGGGUGUGCCAACGCCGAUGCUUAGCGUGACCGGCCUGCCGCAGGCCGCGCUCGAGGCGUACAUCUGCAAGACCAACACGUACCUUGACGAAGAUAAGAAGGUCCAAAUCUCGCUCUUCAACGGCCCGCGCAACUUUGUCGUCACGGGCUUCCCGCGUUCUCUCUUCGGCCUCGUCAGCAGCCUCCGCACCGUGCGCGCAGAUGAUGGCGUCGACCAGACUAGGAUCCCGUUCAGCAAGCGCAAACCUGUCUUCAACGCGCGCUUCCUGCCCAUCAGCGUGCCGUACCACUCGUCCUACCUUGCUGGCAGCACCGACCUCGUGCUGGAGAAGGACUAUGCGGGCGGUGCAAGCUUAUGGGAACCCGCGGAACUUAGCGUCAGCGUCCUGCACACCGAGAACGCUAGCGACAUUAGCAAGCUGCCAGACGGCCGCGCGCUGCUCAAGUCCAUCUGUGACCAGAUCUUCACGCAGCACAUCUUCUGGAUGCGCGUCGUCGCUCUUUCGGACGAUGUAACGCACUGCAUCGACUUUGGUACAGGUGGCCUCUCCGGCAUCGGUGGCCUCACCGCCCGCAACCUCGAAGGAAAAGGCGUGCGCAUGCUGAUCCCGUCCGGCCGCCAUGCGCGCAGCCAUGAGCUGUACAGCCUUGCCAACGUCGAGCGCGAGGUCAACUGGGCCGAUGCAUUCGCGCCCAAGCUCGUCAAGACGCGCAGCGGCGCGCUCCAGAUCGACACGCCCAUGAGCAGGAUUCUCGGCCGCCCGAACAUCAUGGUCCCCGGCAUGACGCCCAGCACAGUCCAGGCCGGCUUCAACGUUGCCACCCUCAACGCCGGCUACCACAUUGAGUUGGCCGGCGGUGGGCAUUACAACCCCAAGGCGCUCCGUGCCAAGGUCGCCGAGAUCCAACGACAGGUCGAGCCAGGUCAAGGUCUGACGCUCAACUGCCUUUACAUCAACCAGCGCCAGUGGGGCUUCCAGCUGCCGCUGUGGCAGGAAAUGCGCAAGGAAGGCCUGCCGCUGCAAGGCUUCUGCUGCGCAGCCGGCAUCCCCUCUGCUGAGAAGGCCAAGGAGGCCAUCGACGGCCUCAAGAGUGCUGGCAUCGAGCACAUCAGCUUUAAACCCGGCAGCGUCGAUGGCAUCCGCCAGGUGUGCAACAUCGCAGCUAGCAACCCGGACUACCCGAUUCUUAUGCAAUGGACUGGCGGCCGGGCAGGUGGUCACCACUCGUGCGAGGACUUCCACCAGCCCAUCUUGGCGACGUACGCCAUGAUCCGCAAGUACUCUAACAUUAUUCUCGUCGCCGGCUCCGGUUUCGGCAGCGCCGAAGACUUCUGGCCGUACCUCACCGGAGACUGGAGCGUCAAGGAGUACGGCGUCCAGGCUAUGCCCUUUGACGGUGUUCUCUUCGGCUCCUGGGUCAUGACUGCCAAGGAAGGCCAUGCGAACGACGAAGUCAAGGAGCUGAUGGUGCAGGCCAAGGGUGUCGAGGACACCAAGUGGGAAGGCACCUUUGACAAAGAGACCGGCGGUGUCAUCACCGUCACGUCUGAGCUCGGUGAGCCGAUCCACAAGAUCGCCACGCGCGGCAUCAAGCUCUGGCACGAACUCGACAAAGUCUGCUUCAGCUUGCCCAAGGAGAAGCGUCUCGCCUGGCUGGCGGACAAGAAGGACUACGUCAUCGAGCGCCUCAACGCUGACUUCCAGAAACCAUGGUUCCCGCAACACCUCGACGGCAAGCCAGCCCAGGGCGUGGAGGAGAUGACGUACGAGGAGGUCAUCCGUCGCAUGCUGCGCCUGCUUUACAUCUCCCGCUGCAACCGAUGGGUCGAUCCUUCGUUGCGCAACCUCAUGGGUGACUGGCUCAGGCGCGUUGAAGAGCGUUUUGCCGGCAUCGAGACGGCCGGGAAGAAGGUCUCGAUGAUCCAGUCGUACACCGAGCUCGACAAGCAGCCCGAGCAGCUCGUCAGGAAGUUCCUGACCGAGUACUCGGAUGCGCAGUAUACGCUGCUCUCCGCCGAGGAUGUUGCAUUUUUCCUCGCCAUCUGCAACCGUCCAGGGCAGAAGCCAGUACCCUUCAUUCCGGUCCUCGACGAGAACUUCUCCAUCUACUUCAAGAAGGACAGCUUGUCGUACGCCGAAGACCUUGACUCGGUCUUUGACCGUGACCCGCAGCGCGUCGCUAUCUUGCAUGGACCCGUCGCAGCUCGUCACAACACCCGCGCCAAUGUACCCAUCAAGGAGAUGCUUGGCACUGUAGAGUCAACGCUGGUUAAGUUGCUUCUCGAGCGGUACUACGGCAAUGACGAGAGCAAAGUCCCCGUCGUUGACUACCUCGGAAAGUCACCACUAUCGGUCAACAUGCCUGACUUGUGCGCCCAGUACGGCAUCAAAGCCCUUGCGCGUGAUAACACGUCCAUCUUCAAACUCGGCGAACAGCGGGUUCCAGAUGCCAAGACAUGGCUAGAGGCGCUCGCCGGUCCCGAAUCCUCCUGGUUGCGCGCUCUACUUACUAGUGUCAGCGUUGUACAGGGCAAGAACUACAUAAACAACCCGAUCGCUCGUGUCUUCGCUCCGCGCGCCGGCCAGGUCGUCGAGGUCACGAGGGACACUCAAGGCCAACCAACCAAGGUCUGCCUUUUCGGUGCUCAUCGUUCGUACGGCAAGACCGACGCCGGUUUCAAGGCUGUUGAAGUCAAGCGUAGCGGGAACCAGAUCGAGGUCCAGCUCUUCGAGUACAGGUCGGGCGAAGCGCUACCCCUUCCUUUCGUCUUCCACUACCACCCCGAGCGGCCUUAUGCUCUGAUCCAUGAAGAAGUGGCAGCACGCAAUGAGAACAUCAAGCGUUUCUAUUGGAAGCUCUGGUUCUUCCAGGACAUGCCCUCCGUCGAAACGUUGACCGCGCGCAAAGAGCACCACAGCCCGUCCAAGACGCUCGAUGCUGCUGCAGUCAAGAAAUUCUGCCAGAUCGUUGGCAACAGCAAUGCCUCGUUCCAAUCUGGGGGCUUCGCUCCCAUGGACUUUGCGAUCGUCGCAGGCUGGGAGGCUAUCAUGCAAGCACUCAUGGCCAGUUGCGAUGCAGACUUGCUCAGCUUGGUUCAUCUGAACAAUUCUUUCAAGACCGUGCAAGACUCCAAGCCACUUCGCGUUGGCGAUGUCUGCAGCGCCACGGCGUCGGUGCAGAGCGUCAAGAUCUCCGACACUGGAAAGUCCGUCGCUGUUGAGGGUGUCGUGCUUCGCCAAGAAGCCGACAAGAUGGUGCCCGUGAUUAAAGUCGUCUCGAGCUUCUUCUUCCGGGGGCGCUUCACCGACUUUGACACCUGCUUCGAGAACUCAUCUGAUCGGUUCUCGUUCGAAGUCAAGACGAAGGCAGAUGCUGCUGUCUUGCUUGCCAAGGAGUGGUUCUCCUGGACUGCACCCACUCCCUUGCAGCCUGGUACGACCCUGCAUUUCCAUGUCGACAGCGUCAAUCGCUUCAAGGACAGCAUCUCCUUCUCUGCGGUACAGGCCACUGGCGGUGUGUAUGUCAAGGACUACAAGGAUGACUUGAUACAAGUUGGUGAGGUCGACUACGAAGCAGAGUCUGUAAGCUACGGCAACCCUGUCGUCGAGUACAUCAAGCGCGCUGGCGGCAGCUCUCAAGGACCCGUCCCGGUCGAGAAUGGAUACUCUCUCAUCACUCCAGACUCCCCGGCUGCAUUCGCUGCGCCUGCAACAAAUGAGCCGUACUCGAUGACUUCUGGCGACUUCAACCCCAUUCACGUCAACCCUUACUUUGCCGACUUUGCAUCCUUGCCUGGUACCAUCACACACGGGCUGUUCUCAUCAGCUGCCACGCGCAAGUAUGUUGAAGACGUCGCUGCAGAGGGCCAUCCGGAGAGGUGCCUCAGCUUCCAAGCCAACUUCACAGGCAUGGUUCUACCCGGCGACAAGCUUGAGGUGCGCCUCCGCCACACAGCAAUGCACGCAGGAAACAAGGUUGUUAAGGUCGAGACGUUCAACCAACACGGAGAAAAAGUCUUGGAUGGCCAAGCUGAAAUUGCUCAACCGCCAACUGUCUAUGUCUUUACUGGACAAGGUAGCCAAGAGCAAGGUAUGGGUCAGGAUCUGUACAACUCGUCCGUGACCGCGAAGGCGCUCUGGGACGAAGCAGACAACCAUCUGCGCUCAACCAUGGGCUUCAGCAUCCUUGAAAUCGUCAACCAGAACCCGCUCACCAAGACUGUUCACUUUGGAGGUGUCCGCGGACACGGCAUUCGCGAUCGCUACAUGUCCAUGGCAUACGAGGCGACCGACGAGAAUGGCAACGUCAACACCUUGCCAUUGUUCCCCGAAAUCACCAAGAGCAGCCAGAGCUAUACGUUCCAUUCGCCGAACGGCCUGCUCUUUGCCACUCAGUUUGCGCAGAUCGCCUUGGUUUUGGUCGAGCUAAGCGCCUUCCAAGACAUGAAGCAGAGGGGUCUCAUCAAGAGCGAUGCAGCAUUUGCAGGUCAUUCGUUGGGUGAAUACGCAAGUCUGGCUGCGGUCGCUGCUGUUUUGCAGGUUAAGGAUCUUGUUGAUGUCGUCUUCUACCGUGGUCUGACGAUGCAACGCGCUGUCAAGCGUGAUGCGCAAGGCCGCAGUGACUACGGAAUGAUGGCCUGCAACCCGACGAGGAUCGGACCCUCUUUCUCCGACGGUGCUUUUGGCGAGGUCGUCGACACUAUCGGUCGUGUCUCAGGGCGCUUGAUCCAGACAGUCAACUUCAAUGUCUCUGGGCAGCAAAUGGUCAUCGCUGGUGAACUCAUCACCCUCCUCACUAUGACCAAUGUGCUGAACUACAUCAAAAUCCAGAAGAUCGACCUCAAGCGGCUUCAAGAGAUCAUGAGCAUCGAGGAAGUCAAGGAAAAGCUCGAGAUGAUCGUGACCGAGAUCUACUCUAACGCGCAGGAGGAAGCUAAGAAGGGACCGAUUCAGCUGCAGAGGGGCUUUGCGACAAUUCCUUUGCCAGGUAUCGACGUGCCAUUCCACUCGCAAUACCUCACUGGUGGUGUAGCGCCGUUCAGGUCGUACCUAUCCAAGCGUAUCAACAUGGAAGGGAUGAGCCCGAAUCUGCUGAUCAAUCGGUACAUCCCGAACCUGAUCGCCAAGCCGUUUGAACUCAGCAAGAGCUAUGCCGAGAUCAUCUUCAACCAGACGGACUCCCCCCGUCUGGAUCGUGUUCUCAAGAACUGGGACCGUGACGGUUGGGGAACGCCAGAGCGCGAGCAGAGGCUCACUACGACUUUGGUGGUGGAGCUGCUUGCCUACCAGUUUGCAAGUCCCGUGCAAUGGAUCAGGACGCAGGAACUGCUCUUUGGCGAGCCAUACAACUUCGAGCGCUUCGUGGAAUUUGGACCAAGCCCGACUCUUGUCGGCAUGGCUCAGCGCACCCACAAGGCAUUCUACAAGUCGUCAGAUGAAGCGCGAGGAAAGCGAAGAGUAAUGCUGUGCACCAGCAAGGACAAGGAAGCGUUGUACUACGCCUUUGCAGAUGCUGAGCCCGAAGCAGAUGUUGCGCCUGCGUCUAACGACGCUCCGGCGGCCGCGCCAUCUGCCGCCGCACCUGCACCGGCGCCAACACCUGCACAGGCUGCUCCUUCUAGUGUUGGAGGUACUGCCGCCAAUGUGCCCGACGAACCUCUCAAGGCCGUCGACACGCUUCGUGCCAUCCUCUCGCAGAAGCUCAAGAAGCCCAUUGCCGAGAUUUCGCCCAGCAAAUCCGUCAAGGACAUGGUCGGCGGCAAGUCUACCAUGCAGAACGAGAUUGUCUCAAGCUUGAUCGAAGAAUUUGCUACCGUGCCUGAGCGUGGUGAGGAGCUUCCUGUUGAGGAGCUUGGCGCGGCGCUCAACAUGGGCUACAGUGGCACUCUAGGAAAGUACACUUCUGGUCUUGUCUCCCGCCUCGUGGGCAGCAAGCUUCCUGGUGGUUUCAAUCUGUCGAGUCUCAAGUCUCAUCUCAACAAGGCGUGGGGUCUCGGACCAAGCCGCACCGAUGGCGUCCUUCUUAUCGCCAUCACGCAAGAGCCCGCGAAACGACUCGGAUCAGAGCCUGAAGCCAAAGCAUGGCUUGACUCGUUGGUACAAGCGUACGCUUCAACAGCAGGCAUCAGUCUCAACCAGGGUGGCAGCGGCGGUGGUGGAGGCGGUGGAGGUGGCGCAGCCAUCAGCAGCGAAGAGCUCGACAAGCUGCGUGCGCAAGAGCACGAGCACGCCCGUCGUCAGAUCCAGAUCCUGCAGCGCUACCUUGGCGAGGACGGGAAGGCAGGCGGUCGCGAAGCUGCUGCCGUCCGUGGUGAACUUCAAGCAGCGCAGGCUCAGCUUGAUGCGAUCUCCACCGAGCACGGUGAAUUGUACACCAAUGGUAUCAAACCUCGCUUUGACGCUCGCAAGGUCCGCACCUUCUCGUCGCACUGGAGCUGGAGCCGACAGCAAGCUUUGACGCUCUACUACGACAUCAUCAAGGGUCGCUUGGGGCUCGAGGAGGGCAGACUUCAGCUCGUGAAGCAGGACUGAGCCUUGCCUUUUGGCCUCUCUUGCAGCCAUACAUACUAGCAUCUCCGGUUCUUUCUAACAGGCAACAUAUAGAAUCUGUACUCUUAGCAAUUUCACGCAAUGCAUUCAGCUCUCAAAGG